UCGUCAGCAGAAAACUCAGCUGGCUAUCUUAGUCGCUCACUCGUCCCAAUUUGCCUAGGAUGCUACGGUCACUGCAGCUUCGCCAAAGCGUCAUCGCGCUUUUCUUAUGGUUCGCUCAUUUUAUGGAUGAACACAAAGUGCAAGCUGGCAAUUGCUGGCUUCAGCAAGGGAAGAAUGGAAGGUGCCAGGUCCUCUAUAUGUCUGGGAUGAGUCGGGAAGAGUGCUGCAGGGGUGGCCGAUUAGGCACCGCGUGGACUGAGGAGGAUGUGCCUAACAAUACUCUCUUCCGGUGGCUGAUCUUCAAUGGCGGAGCCCCGAAUUGCAUUCCAUGCAAAGAGACAUGUGACAACGUAGACUGCGGUGCGGGAAAGAGGUGCAAGAUGAACAAGAGGGACAAGCCGCGCUGCAUCUGUGCCCCCGACUGCUCCAACCUCACCUGGAAAGGCCCCGUGUGUGGGUCAGACGGCAAGACAUAUCGCACCGAGUGCGCCCUCCUCCGGGCUCGCUGCAAACGACACCCGGACCUGACUGCCCAGUACCAGGGCAAGUGCCGAAAAACGUGCCAUGAUGUUCAGUGUCCAGGAACCUCGACGUGUGUGGUGGACCAGACUAACAGUGCCUUCUGCGUGACGUGCAAUCGCCUGUGCCCCGAGGCUUCACUACCGGAGCAGUACCUCUGCGGGAACGACGGGAUUGUUUAUGCCAGUGCGUGUCACCUCAGGAGAGCCACGUGCAUUCUGGGAAGAUCCAUUGGAGUUGCAUACGAAGGCAAAUGCAUAGAUGCCCGGUCGUGCGAGGACAUCCCCUGUCGCAGCGGGAGGAAGUGCCUGUGGGACGGGCGCACGGGCCGGGGUCGCUGUGCCGCGUGCGAGGAGGCCUGUCCCGAGGGGGGCGCCGGGGAGAGCGUGUGCGCCAGCGACAACACCACCUACACCAGCGAGUGCGCCAUGAAGCAGGCCGCCUGCGAGAAAGGCCUGGUCCUGGAGGUCAAACACUCCGGGUCCUGCAACUGCUUAUAGGCCACUGAACCUACAGACCCUCACACGGUCCCCCCACCUCACCCCCACCCCCCUCCCCCCUCCAUUGCCAACCCUCCCACCCGCUCCAGUGCUGCUCCAUCCUGCGGGGCCCUUGUGCGAAAUCACAUUGCGUAAUCUCACUCGCCGCUGUCCGCCAGUGGAACGAGCCGAGCCGAGCCGAGCCGAGCAGCAGCAGCAGCAGCAGCAGUGACGGCGGCGGCAGCAGAACACAGCCAGCCAACUGAGCGCAGAGAGCAAGAGAGAGAGAGAGAGGAAGAGAGAGAGAGAGAGAGAGAGAGGAGAGAAAAAGAGGCCACGGCAGCCAUUGCCUCUUUUUUCAGAACAGUGAGACUGCUGAUGAUGCAACAGCUCUCUGUGUACAUGCAUACGUUUUUUGCAUAUAUACACACACACACACACACACACACACAUAUAUAUAUAUAUAUAUAUAUAUAAAUAUAUUCCUUCAUGUAGCCAUCUCUGAAGAGUCGGAGGAGGAUGUGGAAGAUGAGGACCAGGACUACAUGGAUUAUACUUACAGUGUCUCCCCUUGUGACCGGAUAGUCCAACAUCGAUAAUGGGACACUCGAGUCUGGCCUACAGAGUCGUGUUUAUAACUGUAUAUACUGCGUGUGCUUAUUUAUUUUACGUGGAAGGAAACAGACACGGUUAUGUCUCAUUGUGUGUUCUGGAUGUCUAUUUAUAAUACACAUUUGUUUUUGUUUUUUUUCUCUUCCUAUUUAUACAUCUGCAGUGGCUGACCGACUGUAUACCUAUAUCUCACAAUUUGUAUAUUACCCUCUAGAGAAAUUUUAUUUAUUAUGAGGUGCAAUGCUACCCAGUGAAUGUUAGAAGUCUUUGGUAAGCUGUAUAUUGCCUAUUUGGUGAUCUGUACAAAUAUUGUAUGCUCUUGUGUUGGUCAUUUUUAUCUCCAGUCUUUGUAAGUGGAAUACAACGUUAACCUGCAUGUGGUUUAUUUAAUGGAAAAUCUGAUGCUCACUAAUAAAUGUAUGGCUAGUGUGAGAAAUGGAUCUGUUUUUGUUUACAAAUCAAAGCUGACCAAAGGGGCUUUGUUCAUGUUUUUUUCUGAUGCAUCUUUUGUCUUCUUUUUUGAAGCAUCUCAUUUUGCAUAAGUGGGUGAUAUUUUGACACUACAAUAGAUUUGUCUUCUUUUCUACAUUAAAUUGUUGAACAUUUUCUUUUGUCUGCUCCACACUUUGGUUGUCUAAAAUGUGCCAUUGAUAAAGCUUGAACACCAUUUAUGCCAAUACUUAUGCAGUCAAUGUUCUGUUCCAUGUACAGCAACAGGACAAAGUUGGUUUAUCAUGAUGUACAGAUGUUAACUCAAUAUCAAUCUUUGCAUUAUAUAUUUUUUUCUCAUUAAUAUAUAUUUUUUCUCUUUAUGUAUUUUUUAAUGUUAUAGAUCAGUUAUAAAUUUAUAGUUUUGUAUUUUUAAUGUAAAUGUCUAAUGUAUAUAAAUGGUUAUGAUGCUUUUUGUAAAGCAAAAAAAUAGUCAUACAGUAAUAAAAAAAAAUGUAUUCCA